AUGCCUCGGGCGAAGAAGAAGGCCACUGAGGAUCCAGCCCCCAUGAACGGUGCGGCAAACGGCACCACCACAACCUCAUCCACCAUCCCCGAUGCCACGCCUUACGGCGCGGUCCAUCGUCCUCUCGAAGGCCUCCGAAUCGCCGUCAGCGGUCACGUCAAUGUGAGCGACUACGGGCCCCAUGGUAUUGAGUACCUCCUCGGCGACCUCGGCGCUGUCCAAGAGAAUCGCGUUGUCAAUGCCGUCACACACGUCGUUUCCACCAGGGAAGACUACCUUAAAAAUGCCACCAAGGUCCGAAACGCCAAGGACAAGGACCUUCCCAUUGUGCGAGCUGCAUGGGUCACAGAGUGCGACCGCACGCAGACCCUCGUUGACGUCGAAAAGCACACCUGGUCCCAAGUCAUUGAAGAGGAGGAAAAGCUCAAAGAUGCCCGCCGAGAGUUUCUCGCGGCACAAACUAUUAGCCAGACAAAUGGCGCAGACAAGAAGCGUCCCAUUGCCGUCUCCAACUCGAAUGAUGUCGCUGCCAACGACGACGACGUAGACGAGCCACAAGCAGCAGAGCCCAAGCCAAAAAAGGCUCGAUCCGCAAGGGGCAAGGCGAAAGCACCCUUCGAGGAGGAAGACCAGGAGAUGAAGGAUGCUGACAAGGACGAUGAAUCCGCCAAGCAACUGCAAGAGGAGGACGCCAAUGGCGCCAAUGGCGCCAAAGAAGAACAAGGCCAGAUCGCCAAGCAGGGACUCGUCAUUCCCGUUGACAGCUUCUGCUCCCUCCCCGGCUUUCAAGUAUACCUUGAUCCCGACUCUGGUGUCAUCUACGACGCAUCGCUCAACCAAACCAAUGCCAGCAAUAACAAUAACAAGUUUUAUAUUAUCCAGCUGCUACACGACGCAAAGGCGGGCAAGUUUUCUACCUGGACUCGCUGGGGCCGCGUCGGUGAGCCCGGCGCCAGCGCCUCUCUCGGCAACGGCGAACUCUCGAGCGCUCUGACCAACUUUGAGAAAAAGUUCAAGGACAAGUCGGGCCUGCGAUGGGAUGAUCGCAGCAACCCCCCGCGCCCGGGAAAGUACGCGUUUGUGGAGCGCAGUUACGAGCCGGACUCGGACCACGAGGACGACGGCAACGGUAGUGCGGCCGGUGACACGAAAACCGUUAUGAAAGAAGAGCCCGAGCCUGACUGCACGCUCGAUGAGCCGACCAAGGCACUAAUGGAGAUGAUAUUCAACAAUGGUUUUAUGCAGGCCACGCUCGCUGAGCUCAACUACGACGCCAACAAGCUGCCCCUCGGAAAACUCAGCAAAACCACCAUCCUGCGCGGCUUUGAGCAGCUCAAAUCCCUCUCGGACCUCUUUGACGACAGCUCGCUUGCUGCCUCCCGCUGGAGCUUACCACUUCCCAACGCCAUCGAGUACCUGUCCAACACCUACUACUCUCUCAUCCCGCAUGAUUUCGGCCGUCAGCGGCCACCCGUCAUCUCGGACCCGCGCCGUCUGAAGCGGGAGGUCGAGCUGCUGGAGUCUCUUUCCGACAUGAAGAUUGCGGCCGACCUUAUGAAGGCCGACCGCAAGGCUGCCGCGACGGACCCCGUACAUCACCUCGACCGCAAGUUCCAGGGCCUUGCCAUGGAAGAAAUGACGGCCCUCAAGCGCACCACCAAAGAGUUCAAGACGCUCGAGCAGUACCUCUGCGGCACCGUCGGCAGCACCCACAACUACAACUACCAAGUCGUCGACAUUUUCCGCAUCGAGCGCCGCGGCGAGAAGCAACGCUUCGCCGCGUCCAGCUUUGCUAGCAUCCCCUCGGACAAGCGCCUUCUAUGGCACGGCUCGCGCUCCACCAAUUUCGGCGGCAUCCUCAGCCAGGGCCUGCGCAUCGCGCCUCCCGAGGCCCCCGUCUCCGGCUACAUGUUUGGCAAGGGCAUCUACCUCGCCGACAUGUCGUCCAAGUCGGCCGGCUACUGCGUGCCCAGUAUGUCCAAAGGUGAGGGUCUGCUGCUCCUCUGCGAGGCCGAGCUCGGCAACCCCAUGCUCGAGCUCGUCCACUCGUCCUACACCGCAGAUGAGGAGGCGCGCAACGCCGGCAAGUUCAGCACAAAGGGACAGGGUACCUUUGCGCCGCCCCAGUGGAUAGACGCUGGCGCCGUCCACAGGAGCCUCAAGGGCAUCACAAUGCCCGAUCCGAGCAAACCCGCCCAAAACACGAACAUCCAAAACGCCUCGCUCUACUACAACGAGUACAUUUGCUACGACACUGACCAGGUUCAGCUUCGCUACCUCUUUCGCGUCAAAAUGUAA